AUGGAACUCCUAUCGGAUACUCCCUCUGUCUUGAAGUCUAUUAGAGGAGAAGCAACUGAUAUUUACAAUCGAAUACAAUCUAUUCAUGAAGACUCACAAUUUGUGACGAUGAUAGCUGAUCAAUUUCCUAAGUACCCUAUGUUCGGUAAAAUUUUGAGCUAUUCUGUAGUACAGCGCUUAUUGGAAGACAGACCUGAGCAUGUCUAUUUCAAAUCCACUGACGGCCAUUUUGGCCAGUGGUCCUUUAACCUUCGCCGCGCAAACCUACACCUUCUACCGCUAAUCUGUGAGCAUGGAGGCGGCAAAUCCAUGCCCGACGCACUCUCAAAAACGGUCCCGUUGUGGUGUGCGGUAAUCAAUGCCUGUCUCAGUUCCCAAGGCGGUCUAUCAGAUCAAGAAUGGGAGAAGAAUGGGAGACUGUUCAUUCCGCCCAAGACAGUCAGUGAUAGCGAGAAGGACCAAAUGGAGAAAUUGAUCCCGAAGCUUGCUAAAACGCUUUCGGAAUCUUCGUUUGUCCUUCCCAGCAUCGAUAAACCACUCAAGCCAUUCUGGAUUACACCUCAGUCGGCCAUCCCAUCCUUCGACCAAAGUAUCGGGUUCUUCCCGAUGAUAUGCAUCUCCGCUUCAAGACAGGUAGCGGAUGGACUGCAACGCAGGACGAACUAUUAUACCUACGUACAAGGUUCGGGUGACGAUCAUGAGUCUUGGAGUAUGGUGCGUGAUUAUCUGCGUCGAAUGACCCUCAUUUGA